AUGUCUUCCGUCACUGACAUACUGCUAGUUCACUCCAAAGAAUUGAGAGAACUGAAAAACCUCGACUCUGACACUGAAUUGUCAUGGCUGAGAAAGGAAAAUGCCAGACUAAAAGACGAGAACGAAAAGAUAACCGAACGCGUAAACAACUUAAGCUUUGUGCUAGCUGAUUUACAAGACAAAGCCGCACGGGCUAAUGAAGAGAAAGCCAGUCUAAUGACAAGUAUCCGGCUAUUUUUUAAGGAUUUGGAAUCCACUCAACCAAUAAAUGUAAAUCACCUUGAAACUCCUCAUGACCAACAACAAUCUGUUUUGGAAUGUUCUUCAGAUACGAAAGACACAAACAGCGAACAUGUGGUCACUAUUCCAACAAAAAACAGUUUUUCACCCCUACUUGUUGAAGAAACAAAUACCAACGACAACGAAACCGAUGCAGACAAUGAAAACAACAAGCGACAACAGAGAGAUUCUGCUACCCAAACGGUGAAAAAAGAUCACAACAGCCACAAAAAGCCAAAAGACAAGCCCGCAUAUGAGCAAAGAGCAGGCUCGGAGACAGGCCAUCGUCUUAAUGUGGCCAUUAUUGGAGAUUCCAUGGUGAAACAUCUAAACCCCUCCAAGUUGCGUAAAGGCACAAAGCAUAAUAUCAACGUGCAAACCUUCAGUGGAGCCAAUGUUGCUGAUAUGCGUUAUUAUGUGAAACCAGCAAUAUCAAGAUCCCCUGACUAUCUGCUCCUACAUGUUGGAACUAAUGACUUAAAGCGACAAACCCCUCAACAAAUAGCUGGGUCAAUUUCUACGCUUUGCCAGGAAAUCGUAAAGGAAUCACCAAAUACUAAGAUUGUAUUAUCGAAAGUUAUAACCAGAUCUGAUGACUCAAGCCUAGAUUCCAAAAUCAAAGAACUAAAUUGCAAACUAUCACAGGUAUGCCAUAAUAAUAAAUGGGGUGUAUUAAAUCAUACCAAUAUUACAGCAGAUCACUUGAAUCCUUAUGGUCUCCACUUAAAUAAGCAAGAAACAGCCAAGUUGGCCAAGAAUAUUAUAGAUCAUUUCAAAAACUUAAAUUGACAAAUGAACAAUCAAAAUAAUAUUACUCCCUCAGAUGAUAGUAAUAUACAGAGGUUUAAUUCCAUUGAAAACGAUAAUGCCAAUAAUGCUAAUAGCCCUCUGGGUAAUGAUGUAAAUAUAGACAACAAUCACACGCUAGCGGCUCUCUUUUUCCUAAACUUAAAGGUUUUAAAGUAUGUCAUCCAAAUAUAGCAAGUUUGAUAAAACACUAUGAUGAGCUUUUGCUAUACAUGCAAAACAAACUUUUUGACAUUAUAACGCUUAACGAAACUAGAUUAGAUAGUAGCGUACUAAACGGUGAAAUUGAAAUUCCUGGUUAUGAUAUUGUUAGGCGUGAUCGAAACAGAAGCGGAGGAGGUGUUGCAAUGUAUAUUAGAAGCAACAUACCAUACACCAUUCGCAAAGACCUCUUCCCUGAUAAUUUAGAGUUGAUUUGCGUAGAAAUUAAAAAAUUUAAAAGUAAACCUCAGUUAAUUACAACAUGGUACAGACCACCAAAUUCCAGCGUUGAGCUGUUUAGCGAAUUUGAAAAUUUUUUAAAACUACUUGAGGACGAAAAUAAAGAAAUUAUCAUACCGGAGAUCUCAAUUGUAACAUUCUUGAGCAGAACAAAAGUUUGCCUACUUCUAAACUAGUUGACCUGAUUGACAUUUAUCAAUUACAGCAACACAUACAGUGUCCCACGAGAAUUACUAGUACAACAGCAUCACUACUGGAUGUUAUCCUCACUUAUUAUGGUGAUGAUAAAAUAUUAGAUACAGGAGUAAUACACCUUGGUAUCAGUGAUCAUAGUCUUGUUUAUCUGUGUCGAAAGCUCAGCAUUCCUAAGGCGCCACCAAAAACUGUCUUUACUAGACAUUAUAAAAAUAAUGUUAACCAGUUUAACAACGAUCUAAGUGAGGUUUUUAGUUUGCCCUUGGAUUCAGCUAUUUUAACUGACCCAAAUGCCUUAUGGAACGAUUUUAAAAAUAAGUUUUUGAGCGUCGCAGAUAAACAUGCACCAAUCAGACAACGUCGUGUCAAGAGUGAAUAUAAACCGUGGCUGACAAAUGAAAUUAAGCAAAUGAGCUAUCGUAGGGAUUACCUUAAAAAGCAAUCGAUUAAAUUAAGAUCUGCGUAUUAUGAUAAGGCUUACAAGAGAUGUAAAAACAAGUUAAAUAAUCUCAUAAAAGAAACUAAACAAGAAUACUUUGGAGAUAAACUAAGCAAUGCUAAAAAUAGCAAAGAAAGUUGGCGAACUAUUAACGAAUUAUUAAACAAAAAGCCUAAAACUUCAGAGGUUAAAGAACUAGAUAUAAAUGGCCAACUUAUUACUGACGAUGAUAAAAUUGCAGAUGCCUUCAAUCAAUAUUUUUCCACAAUUGGCAGUACGUUGUCUGACAAGAUCACAGGUAACUGCACUGAUCCAAUGAACUUUGUGACUCCUCUUGAUGGUAGUAUAUUCAACUUUACAAGCGUUACACUCCAAGAAACAAUAGAUGCAUUCAAUGAAAUUAAAACUAAGAAAUCUCCAGGGCUUGAUGGUAUUAGUAUAAGGUUACUAAAAGAUGCAUCUAACAUUGUGGCAGGACCACUAGUGAACAUUUUCAAUGUAUCCCUUCAAAGAGCAAUUUUCCCUAAUGAUUGGAAAUUAGCAAAGGUGACCCCCAUAUUUAAAGAAGGAAAUAAGGCAGAUUGUGAAAAUUAUAGGCCAAUAUCUGUUAUUUCAGCUGUAGCUAAACUUUUCGAUAAACUGGUAUACCUGCAGCUAAGUUCAUUCUUGAGGUUGAAUGGCAUUCUUGUGGAACAGCAGUCUGGCUUCCGUCAUCAACAUUCUACUGA